ACACAGACACUCACCAUGGAGUCUGGGCUGCGCUGGCUUUUCCUUGUUGCUCUGCUACAAGGUGUCCACUGUGAGGUGCAGCUGGUGGAGUCUGGGGGAGGCUUGGUCCAGCAUGGGGGGUCCCUGAGACUCUCCUGUGCAGCCUCCGGAUUCACCUUCAGCAGCUAUGGGAUGCACUGGGUCCGCCAGGCUCCAGGGAAGGGGCUGGAGUGGGUCUCAUACAUUAAUGGUAACGGUGGUAGCACAAGCUACGCAGACGCCGUGAAGGGCCGAUUCACCAUCUCCAGAGACAACGGCAAGAACACGCUGUCUCUGCAAAUGAACAGUCUGAGAGCCGAGGACACGGCCCUGUACUACUGUGGGAGAGACAAAAUGGAGGGUGUGGUCUCUGUGUCUAAAUCCCGGGGCUCAGACCCUCUACUUGGAGCUCAGCAGUGUGAGGUGCAGCUGGUGGAGUCUGGGGGAGGCUUGGUCCAGCCUGGGGGGUCCCUGCGACUCUCCUGUGCAGUCUCCGGAUUCACCUUCAGUGACUACUACAUGAGCUGGGUCCGCCAGGCUCCAGGGAAGGGGCUGGAGUGGGUUGCUCUUGUUAGAAACAAAGCUAAUAGUUACACGACAGAAUAUGCUGCAUCUGUGAAAGGCAGAUUCACCAUCUCAAGGGAUGAUUCCAAAAGCACUGUCUCUCUGCAAAUGAACAGUCUGAGAGCCGAGGACACGGCCCUGUACUACUGUGCCAGAGACACAGUGAGG